GGUUGUGGGAUAACUCCAUUUUGGAAACAGCUGUUCAGGACGGAAACUCGCUCAUUGUUUUCAAGGUGUUGUCAAAGAAACGUUGGUCUGACAUGUUAUUUUCCAUCGACAUAUUCCCCUCAUUAAAUACAUCGAAUAACUAUAAAAUGGUGGAAAGAAAAUAGGGCAUUUAUCUUGAGAACCUAAACAACAGUCGAACGGCGUGGUAACAAGUGGAGAAUACUAAGACGAAUAAAGGUUCAGCUCUAUUGGCUUUCUGUGGCUCACGGGUUUCUCCACUGGUGAGCAUUGUGCUAUCUGGCGGAGCUGCUUUGAAUUCCACACUCUUCAAACUCAUGUGAAGGAACUCUGAAUGCUACCACAUGUGGAAUGAGAAGGCAGGUCAUGGGCAGAUGAUGGAUGUUGAGUCAUCAUACUCAGAUUUCAUUACUUGUGAUCGCACAGGACGGAGAAAUGCAGUGCCAGACAUUAAGGGAGAAGGAGCAGUGGUGGGCACAGGUGAACUAACCAAAGACAUGGCUCAGAUGGCGCUGAAGAAAGGAGAGGUAGAUGCUGCCGGGACUUCUCCCCCCGAGGCAGAGACAUCAGGGAGCCUGGAACAGGAGCAGAGUAAAGAGCAAGUGUCUUAAAGAUGGCGCAUACAAGAGAGAAGAUAAGAGGAGCACCCAACCCGCAACUGCCACUUUCUCUGCCAUUGCCAACUCGUCAGACUAGCAGAAACAAGGAGCUGUUCCCACAGGAGGCCCCACCUCUAGCCAUGUGCUGAUAUAUACUCUAGAGACUCUGUCCUGGAGACAUCACUACACAGAAUGGAUUUGUUACUACCACAGACUCCAUUUUGAGGUCCCAAGAAGUUUGACAGGGUUGUAUUGUCAUUCCUAAGAAGAAGCGUGUUUUUGACACCUUUUCAUUCUAAUACUGAAUACAUUUUAUGGGAUUUAUGGGAAAUAUGAAACUCUGGGCACAGAAGUUAUAUAUGCUAUCAGUCCAAGAAGAACAAAAUGCAGCUGUUUGAUAUGCUGAGAAAAAUUCACUUUGACAUUUUUUAUAGUAACAGGUGUAGUUGUAACAGAAUGGAAUAAAAAAAAAAAAUACUAUUUAUUUCCUAAUUUAGGUCAAUGGAAUAGUAUUUCUAUGUGACAUUAUAUACUUUAAAGUGUAUGUAACAUAAUUAACGAUAUUUAUAUAGUAUGAGUUAAAGCUUUUUGCCCACUAAAUGCCAUGAAUUUGUUUCCUUUUUGUAUUGCAAGUACCUCAGAAUAAAUGGCAGUGACAUUAUUGCUGUGCUUAAUGUGUUGCAUAUGGUAAUGUGCUCACACUACAGAAAUAUGUUGCAUACCAUAUAUGGGUAAAUGAAGGUAUAUUCCUAUUAUUUCAUAUUAAUCAUUCAUAUUAAACAUUCAUAUCAAUCAUUAGGUAACAUAUGUGCCUUGAGAUGUCUGUGGCAUUUUUUAACAUGGGAUGUUAUACUAGAUAAAAAUUAUUGCUUCC